GGUGGGGCUCCGCGGGGCCGGGGUCCCCGGCUGCUCCCGCCGCCCCCCGCCCCCACGCGCCAUGCCGUCCCCUGCGCUACUCUGCGCGCUCUGCUGCAGCCUCUUUGCGGCGGCUGCCCGCGCCGGCUACUCGGAGGACCGCUGCAGGUGGAGGGGCAGCGGCCUGACCCAGGAGCCCAGCAGCGUGGGGCAGCUGGCCCUGGCCUGUGCGGAGGGCGCAAUCGAGUGGCUGUACCCGGCAGGGGCGCUGCGCCUGACCCUGGGCGGCUCCGACUGGGGCGCGCGGCCCCGCAUCGCCUGCCUGCGCCCGGCGCAGCCCUUCGCGGGCGCUCAGGUCUUCGCGGAGCGGGCGGGCGGCGUCCUGGAGCUGCUGCUGGCCGAAGGCCCAGGCCUGGCCGGGGGCCGGUGCGUGCGCUGGGGUCCCCGCGAGCGCCAGGCCCUCUUCCUGCAGGCCACCCCACACCCCAACAUCAGCCGCCGCGUGGCCUCCUUCCGCUUCGAACUGCGCGAGGAGCGGCGUCCAGAGCUGCCUCCGCAGGCCCACGGCCUUGGCGCGGAUGGUGCCUGCAGGCCCUGCAGCCAUGCUGAGCUCCUCCUGGCCGCGUGCACCAGUGACUUUGUCAUCCACGGAACCAUCCACGGGGUUGCCCACGACACAGAGCUGCAGGAGUCCAUUAUCACCGUGGUGGCUGCCCGUGUCCUCCGCCAGACGCUGCCGCUGUUCCAGGUGGGGGGCUCUGGGGGCCAGGUGCAGGCCUCAAUUCGCACCCCGUUGCGCUGCGGCAUCCGCCCUGGCCCUGGCACUUUCCUCUUCAUGGGCUGGAGCCGCUUCGGUGAGGCCUGGCUGGGCUGCGCACCCCGCUUCCAGGAGUUCAGCCGUGCCUAUUCAGCGGCCCACGCCGACCACCUCCACCCCUGUGAGGUGGCGCUAGACUGAGGGACCUGGGAGCAGAGCGCUGGGGAGGGGCUGGUAGGAGGGUGGGUGGGGAGGUGUCAAGGUACCAGCAACUUCUGAGGAAAUAGCGAUAACCAAUAAGAACACGGCUAUGUUACCCAGCACGGCUCCAGUGUCCGGUGCCUGUGCCCAGCCCGGGCUGCUUCGUCUCCCUUCAUCCCCCACACCCUGGGCACCGCUCCGACUCCAACUUCACAGAGCUGGGGGCAAUGGUGCCUUGUCCGGGGUGCCUCACCCAGCUAGUGAGUGGGAGAGCAGCCCAUGCCCACGCCCUGGGGAGGGGCUGCUGCUGGGUGGGAGGGUGCAGUGCCCCCCCCCCCCACUAACGGGAGCCUCAGCUCUGCUGCUCCCGCCCCCGUGCCAGCUGCUUCUGCGGCUCAGAGUGGGAGUGGAAAAGGGGCUGUAACUCCAAGGUCUGAGGUGGGUGGGGUCCCUUGGGGGCAGGCAGGUGGACACCACUCCCAGCCUGCGAAGGAAGGGGUUGCAAUCUGGCAGGGCGCCGACUUCCCUCCAUGGUCUGUUUCGAGCCCAGCAGAGUCAUCCUGGCCCCAUCCUGCUCUCGGGGAAGAAUGGGCCUCUCUGUUCCGAGGCCCCUGCGACGUGCCGAGCAUCCCGAUGUGGCGCGGAGCCUGCGGGGUGUGGGGUCUCCCCUGCGGGGUCCUGCUUGUUGCCCAUUUCCGGCAGGCGGGGGCACACAAUGCGGUCUCUAAGGAUGGUUUCCCACCACUGAUUCCAUUGUCGCUGCCCCUGCCUUCCUCCUUAGCCUCAGCCACAUAAAGGGCCAGCGUGGUUCUGGACAAAGCCCAUGGUCCUGAGGCUGAAAGCUGCCGGGGUGGGGGUCCCUGUGGGGCCUCCUGAACCCGGGAUGAGCUGCCUCUGCUCACCCCAGCCCCGCAGCUCCCAGGAAACAGAGCCACAGCUCAAGUGGGGGCAGACGCCUGGGUUGAGCCCUGAAACAGCUGCCCAUCCUCGCCUGCCAGCGUUUGCUGGGAAAGAGGCUGCCGGUGGGGGUGGAGGCCAGGGGCCCUGCCAUCUUUCAGACAGGAACUGAGGCUGGGAGAGGGAUAAGGCUGUGCAGGGCCCAAAUACAGGCCCCUUCCUCCAGAAUCUGCUGACACAGGGCCCCUAGUGUGUGCCACGCCCCGUGUGGACACCCCGCCUCCAGUGGCCGCCCUGGAACUUCCAUGGGGCCAGCUGUCUGAAAGCUGCGCGUGUGGGGGGCCUGCUUACCGUGGGGGCCUAAUGAGAAUUAUGGGUGGGGGAGGACAGCUACCCCAGCUGGCAGGCUCCCCUAGGUUUCCUCCCACCUUCUGGCCCUCCUGAGACUCCUUCUGCUCCCUCUCACCUCCCCAAACCCUCACUGUGGAGCACUCAGGGCUCGGGUGCUAGCCCUCUCCUCCUCUCGGUUGACACUCCACCAUUGGAGAGCUGCACCAGCCUCGUGGCUGAGGACCCCUCAUUUUGAUCUUCAGCCUGGACCUCUCCCUGGACUGCAGACCCCUGCAUCCUGUCUGCCCCCCUCUCCCCACCAGGAGUGUCUUGGCAAAAACCAGAGAAGGAGGAAGAGGAGGCGAGUGCACUCCCGAUCCUCCUGCUGCUGUCUUGGAGGCUACUGCACUGUCCGGGCGGGCCCCAAGGAGGGCUUCCUCUCCAGGGAGGAGCAGCACCCCCACCCGUGGCCUCUGUCCUCCUUCUCUGGUCAGCUCCCCACAGCCUCUCUGGGAACGGGGCCCCUAGCUACACCCAGUGGUUACAGUGGACUGCCUCUCGGACCGCCUGUCCACAAAAAUGCAGGGCAGCUGCUCUGGGGUGGGCCCUAGGCUGGACACUGGCCUAUACCCACCUGCCCUAGGAAGCCCCUGAGCCUCCGGUACACACACCUCCUAAUACACAGAAAGGGCAGAGGUGGGUGUGGCUAGCAGGGCCAAGGUGCUCCAGGACACGCCUCCCAGACUUGGGCCAGGGGCUUCAUGUCUGCCCUGGGGAGAACGGCCAAGGGGAAAUGGUGUGGGCGCAUGCAGGGUGGGCUCCGGGAGCUGGCCUGUGGGGCACCUGCGGGCGUGUGCACUUAUGGGGGUAUGCACCGGACUGCCCGGUGCUCACAGGCUGAGGAGCAGAGUGCGGGGUGUGAAUGUGAGCACUGUGGGUGUGCAGGAGCCCCAUUAGGUGCGUUCACUUGGUCAACAAGGUUUUAUUGAGUGUCUCCGGGUCCCAGGGAUGCUCUAGGCACUGGGAAUGACGCAAGGAACAAGAGACGAGAAUGGGGAGCUGUGUAAGCACUCCCCUAGCCUGGAGCCACUGCACGCCCUUCCUUUCUGGGGAGGGCCUGGUGACAGCCAGAAGGAGCCAGAAUGCUCUGAGCGAUGUCUGAGCC